UUGCUGCUCUUCCAUUUCGGGCGAGCACCUGUAUUCUCAUAUUCACUGUAAACCAACCUUAAUAUAUAGAGGAGGGAGGAACCCCCAAAACGAAUUCGAAUAAAACCCCCCAAAAAGAUUCUGACUUUGAAAUCGGAGGACUCCCAAAACCUAAAAAGUUUCAGACUUUGAGUCUUCUUCGUGUAUCUGCAACUCAGAAACCGCGAUUUCACGUUCUCUGUACCAUCAAUUUGGCUCUGUAAAAGGGAAGCAAGUGCAUACUGGACUCGACCACAGCUUCAGUUUCAGUCAACCCUGUGUCUCUCUUUUGCUUUGAUGAAGCAAAUUUGAAGGUUUUACUACAAUAAUGGAUCCUUGGAAGUGCACUCCAUUUGGUGGUGCAAAUUCUCUUAAUAUGGCACCUUCAAAUAUAUUAAGUAAGGUGAAUGAGAGGGCUAAAUUUGAAAAAGAAGAGAGGGAUACAGGUCACACUGUUGAGGCUGGAGUAGAUAUAGAUAUUAGAGAAGUAUACUUUCUGAUUAUGCACUUUCUAUCUGUUGGGCCAUGUCGGAGGACUUUUGAACAAUUUGCAAAUGAUCUUGUGGAACAUGAGCUCCUGCCUAGAAGGUAUCAUGCUUUGUUUUCAAGAAGCGGUGUAAGCAGUAGCAAUGAUAAUGAUAAUAACACCUCUUUCCCACUGAGUUACACCAAAUUGGUUGAAAGGUAUCCUCAUAUAGAGAAGGAUCACUUGGUAAAGCUUCUAAAGCAACUGAUGUUGAGUAUAGCUACUCCUUUGCAUGGCAAGGUUGGAAGAAAUACUCUGAAUGCAGCUGAUGUCCCUACAUUAUUGGGAACUGGUUCUUUCUCGCUUCUGGAUUGUGAUAGGAAUGUGGUGAAUAGGCGAGUUAAGCCGCUUCCUGCUUACCUGCGUUGGCCUUACAUGCAGGCUGGUCAAGUUCAUGGACUUGGUUUAAGGGAAGUUGGAGGAGGUUUUGCUAAGCAUCAUCGUGCACCAUCUAUUCGCUCUGCAUGCUAUGCCAUUGCUAAACCAUCAACUAUGGUGCAAAAGAUGAACAACAAAAAGAAGCUAAGGGGGCACCGUAAUGCUGUCUAUUGUGCCAUUUUUGAUCGGUCGGGGAGAUAUGUUAUCACUGGAUCGGAUGAUCGUCUUGUCAAGAUUUGGUCAAUGGAAACUGCACUUUGCUUGGCUAGCUGUCGUGGACAUGAAGGUGACAUUACUGACUUGGCUGUGAGUUCAAACAACACUUUGGUGGCUUCUGCAUCAAAUGAUUUUGUUAUUCGAGUUUGGCGUUUGCCAGAUGGAUAUCCCAUUUCCGUUCUGCAGGGCCAUACUGGAGCUGUGACUGCUAUAGCAUUUAGUCCAAGGCUUAGUGCAAUUUACCAACUUUUAUCGUCAUCAGAUGACGGGACUUGUCGAAUUUGGGAUGCUAGGUCCUCUCAGUGCCCUCCACGAAUAUUCAUGCCAAAACCUUCGGACCCUUUAACAGGGAAGAGCAAUGGCAUUUCAAGUCUUGGACCCUCAUCAAGCAGUGGCCCACAGGGCCAUCAAAUACUUUGUUGUGCUUACAAUGCUAGUGGAACUGUUUUUGUCACCGGUAGCUCUGACACUUUUGCCCGGGUAUGGAGUGCUGUGAAAUCUAAUGCAGAUGACUCAGAACAACCAAUACAUGAGAUGGAUGUAUUGUCUGGCCAUGAGAAUGAUGUCAAUUAUGUGCAAUUCAGUGGUUGUGCCAUUCCAUCAAAAUCUUCAUUUUCUGACUCUUUGAAGGAGGAGAAUAUUAUGAAGUCCAAAAAUUCCUGGUUUUGUCACAACAACAUCGUUACCUGCUCUCGCGAUGGCAGUGCCAUUAUAUGGGUUCCAAAAUCACACAGAUCACAUGGGAAAUUUGGACGAUGGAUUCGUGCUUACCAUCUCAAAGUUCCACCUCCCCCACUGCCUCCUCAACCUCCUCGAGGUGGCCCACGUCAGAGAUUUCUUCCUACCCCUCGUGGUGUUAACAUGAUUGUAUGGAGCCUGGAUAACCGCUUUGUGCUUGCAGCUAUCAUGGAUUGCAGAAUCUGCGUUUGGAAUGCUGUUGAUGGUAGCUUAGUACAUUCUUUGACCGGUCAUAAUGCAUCUUCUUAUGUUUUGGAUGUUCAUCCCUUUAAUCCUCGGAUUGCUAUGAGUGCUGGGUAUGAUGGACAAACAAUCAUAUGGGAUAUCUGGGAAGGAACACCCAUCAAGAUUUAUGAAGUUGGACACGUUAAGUUGGUUGAUGGGAAGUUUUCUGCGGAUGGGACAUCGAUUGUACUUUCAGAUGAUGUGGGCCAAAUAUAUUUAAUAAACACAGGUGAAGGAGAGUCCCAGAAAGAUGCUAAAUAUGAUCAGUUCUUCCUAGGAGAUUAUCGGCCCCUUGUGCGGGAUACUGCUGGACAUCUUCUUGAUCAGGAGACACAACUUCCUGCUUAUCGAAGGAAUCUUCAAGAUCCUCUCUGCGAUUCAAGUAUGAUUCCAUAUCCAGAGCCAUACCAGAGUCAAUACCAGCGGCGGCGACUUGGUGCAUUGGGAAUGGAGUGGAAACCUUCAUCAGUAAAUUUUGCAGUUGGCCUGGAUAUUGGUGCAGGCAUGGACUAUCAUUUGCCUCCGUUGCCCGAUUGGGAGAGAGUGAUAGAGCCACUUCCAGACUUCAUCGACGCCUUGCUAUGGGAGCCAGAAAAUGAAUUCAUAAGUGAAGAUACUGAUUCAGAUUUUAAUGUCACUGAGGAAAAUUCUAGUGAAGAUGAGAAAGGAAAUAUUAGCACCAGCUCUUCUAGUGCUCCAGAAUGCAGUGCAGAAGACAGUGAAGUUGGAUGCAGCAAUAAGGAUGGCCUUCGCAGAUCAAGAAGAAAAACACAAAAGGUCACCUCUUCUGAGAGACGUGGGAAGAAAAAGAAUUUGGGUGAGGAGGAUGGGAUUAUAUCUGGGAGUAAUAGAAUUAAAAAUCCAAAAAGUGGCCGAAAAGUUUCAAAGAGGAACUGUAGAGCAAAAACGUCAAGACCCCAGAGAGUUGCAGCACGGAAUGCUCGAAAUGUGCUUUCUCAGAAUCCAGGAACAUCUACAGAUGGAGAAGAAGAUGACUGGGAAGCUGAUUCAUCAGAUAGUGAGCCACAGCAGAAAAAGUUCCGUAGUCAAAGCAAUGAGUGUGAUGGAAGCUUCCAGAAUAUGCAAGAGUUACAGAAUAAUGAAAAACUAUCUCUUCGUGAGAUUCAUGACAUAGCCAAUCCUCUUGCUGUUCCCGACUCUCAAACAAAUGUUACAAGAAAAAAAUUGGUUUUGAAGCUUCCGCUCCGUCGUGAUUUGAAGAAGCAAGAAGCUCCGCAGGAUUCUUCAUCUUCUAGAUAUCGCGAAGUCGGUCAAGAUAAGAAGAUUAAUAAUAGCUCUGUGGAUGGAGCUUCAUCUUUGGCAGAUGCACUUGAUGUGCCGUUCUCUGGAAAUUUCAUGAGCAAUGUAUUUACAGAUCCUGGGCAAACCGUAGAGGCUGGGUUUCCUUUGGAGGCAUCUUCAUGUGACAUGGAGAACAAAAUUAGGUGGGGAGAGGUCAAGACACGGACAUCAAAGCAUACAAGAUCAGGAGAUCCCAUACCAAUUGAUCCAGCCGCUGGGUCGCUUGGCAGUUCUGAAGUCCAUAUGGCAGAGAAAAAUGUUGUUCGGGAUAAGGAACAUAUUAGAGAGUUUUCUCAUGAAUCAACGUCAAAAGGUUCUGGAAUAAAACACUCUGAUGAAUCAAUGGAUAAUGCUUCCCUUAAGUUUCUUGCACAAGAAACAGGUUCUGGGAACUUAAUGCCUGAAGAUCCUUCAUGCAUGGACCGGAAUUUAAAUCUGGAAGUACCAGAAAUGGGUGGAGGUUCUGGCACAUUGAGUUCAUGGAGAUUUUUCUGCAAGGAUAGGACAAAAACAGAAGGGUUUGAUGGUAAAUUGGAAGAAAAUACUUCUCGUAUCAAUGAUCAUUAUGAUGCAGGAAUGAAUCUCCCUGAAGCUGCAACUGAUUCAGCACGCAGGCUAAGAACCUUAAAGAUCAAGGCGACUUCACGGGAACCAGACUCUGUGAGCCAUAUCCCUAAGUCGAGAGGGGGACACCAAAGGACAUCUAUAGAUGCAGAAGAUCCCCCUGCCAAGGUCCGUGAUACAAGACUUCAGAGAUCAAGGUCCACUGGAAAUCAGUCUGACCAAAGUUUGUUAACCCAAAGGAUGUUGGAUAACCCUGUUGGAAAACUUUCAUGGCUGAUGUUGUCUAAACACGAGGAAGGUUACCGUUAUAUUCCUCAGCUAGGUGAUGAAGUUGUAUACUUGAGACAGGGUCAUCAAGAGUAUACGGAAUUGGCUUUGAAGUCAGAUCAAGGCCCUUGGGGUCCGUGGGGAUCAAUGAAGGAAAAAAUCAGAGCUGUGGAAAUCUGCAAGGUUGUAGGCCUCGAGUAUGACUCCAUGCCUGGUUCAGGGGAAAGCUGUAGCAAGAUCUUAUUCAGAUUUGUGGAGUCUUCUUCUGCCAUGUGUGGUAAAACCUUCAAAUUAACAUUGCCUGAAAUUGAUUUUAAUGACUUCAUAGUUGAGAAAAGCUGGUACGAUGCCGCCAUUGGAAGGAACUGGGCAGCGGGAGAACACUGUGAGGUCUGGUGGAGGGACUCAGAUGGAGGCGGAGCGUGGUGGCAAGGCCAAAUUGUGCACUGUCAGGCGAAAUAUCAUGAGUUUCCUGAUAGCCCGUGGUUAAGAUACGCGGUUAGGUAUGAGAAUGAAGAUGAUAUUCCUCAUAGGCAUUGUCCUUGGGAACUGCAUGAUGUAUCCAUGUCGUGGGAAGCACCGCAUAUUGAUCAUGAAAGCAGAGAUAAGCUGCUUCACUAUUUUUAUAAAUCGGAGAAGAAGGACUUUGAGGCCAUCCAACAAAUGAAUCAAGCUGUUCUGAAGGUGGAUUUCUGCAACAGCUUUCCUGUUCAAUUGUACCCUGAACUAAUCAAAGCAAGGUUAAAGAAUGACUAUUAUAGGAGCUUGGAAGCAGUGAAGCAUGACAUAACCCAGAUGCUAGAAAACGUCCGGCAUUACUUCAAGAGAAAUAACUUGCAAGCCAGGAUUAAGCACCUUUCAAAAUGGUUUAAGAAAAAAAUUUCUAGGAUGUAGAGAGAUCUGGUUCUUGAUAGACUCUUGUUUCUUUUAGUUUUGUUUUCUAGGUAUUAGGGGCCCUUCAUUUUUUGGGUAAAGCAAUCCUUCCAGAGGAAGAAUUAAAUCCUUGAGGUGGGAUAUGUUUCUUGUAUGCACUCUUGGAUCUAAAAAAUGAAAGUUUCAUCAUAGUAGUUGUUUGUUUUUCA